AUGUCUAGUACAAAAAAACUCGAAGAAGGUUUUGAGAGAAUAAAACUCGCUGAAAAAAGUUUGAAAACAUCAUUUUUAAAAUGGAGACCCGAUUAUGAAGUUGCUGCCGAUGAAUACAGUCAAGCGGCUACCUGUUUUAGAAAUGCAAGAUCGUUUGAAAGGAGUAAAGAUUGUUUAAUGAAAGCAUCCGAAUGUCACAAGCAAAGUCAUUCGUUUUUUCAUGCAGCCAAGUGUUUAGAUCAAGCAAUUUUAUUGGCUAAAGAUUUGAAUGAUUUUAAAGAGGUGACACAGCUUGCGGAAAAAGCAUGCAGUUUAUAUCAGCAACAUGGCUCACCGGAAUCAGGCGCUUCAUCUUUAGAUAAAGCGGCUAAAAUACUCGAACAACACGAACCUGAACAAGCUCUUAGAUUAUAUCAAAAAGCAGCAGAUGUUGUUUUGAUUGAAGAUAGUCAUAGGCAAGCUGCUGAAUUUAUGAGUAAAGUAGCUAGGAUAUUAGUUAAGCUUCAAAUGUACGAUCAAGCAGCGGAUGCAAUUAGACGAGAAAUCGGUUUUCAUCAACAAACAGAUCACAUUCCAGCAAUCGGUAGGUUAGCAGUUGCAUUGGUAUUAGUACAAUUAGCAAGGGGAGAUUACGUGGCAGCAGAAAAAGCAUAUAAGGAAUGGGGAAAUUGUUGCGAAGCUCCGGAAGUACAAAAUUUGGAAUUGUUACUACGGGGUUUCGACGACGAGGAUCCGGAUUUAGUUCGCGAAGCAUUAAAUCAUCCAUUUAUCAAACACAUGGAUGUGGAAUAUGCGAGAUUGGCGAGAGAUCUUCCUCUACCUGAAGGGAUAUCGGCGCCCAAGGCCAUGGUUAGAGAAAAUGCGGCGCCGUCGUACGUGUCGCCGAAUUCUACGUCCGUCGUGGAAGCAACCGUUGAAAAAUCAACGCAUUCGAAAGGUGAAUCGUCAGAUGGGAGACAAGAAAGUGGAGGCGGCGGUGAUGCUGGUGCAGCUGCUGCCACUUCCGCUUCCGCCGUCGCCGACGACGACGAUGACGACGACGAGGGAUUAUGUUAA